GAAAACUUAUUAACUGCUACAAAAAAUGGCUAAAUUCUACCCUUAACACAGGGAGUAUGAUUGAAAGUAUAGCAACACUGCUAUGACGUUAGUAAACUUGUUCGCGAGCAGUAUUGAUCGAGUUUAUUUGCGAAGUUAUUUAUACAAACACUUGUCGCUUCUGAGAUCAAACAUGUAUCAAUAGUGAAGCAACGCGGCAGUAUAUUAUAAAUUGUGCAAUAUCUAAAACAAAAUAACUGAUCGUGAACCUGUCGUGUUAUAAUUCAACAAGUUCAGUACUAAAAUAGCUUGUGCGAAAAGUAAGCGGCCGUGACUUAAAUUUUGAAUUUUCGUUCGAAUUUUAAAUGAUGUUUAAAUUACUAUUUUCCGUAUUCGCCACGCUUAGUUGCAUUUUAUUUGCUAAAGCGCUCGAAGUUGAUACUUAUGAUUUUCUUAUGCCAAAUGUCUGGCCACACAGGGAUGAGCUCUACUUAUGUACGCCCAUCAGGAUUUCCCCGCACAACAAUUACUACAUAGUGGGAUUUGAACCAAAUGCUACUAUGCAUACUGCUCACCACAUGCUUCUGUAUGGAUGCUCCGAACCAGGGUCAAAUGAGUCCGUUUGGAGCUGUGGUGAGAUGCAUAGAAAUGAAGUCGAUGACCUGUACAACACAGCCAGUCCGUGCCGUUCAGGGUCACAGAUCGUAUACGCUUGGGCCAGAGAUGCUCCCAGCCUGCACCUGCCCAAAGACGUCGGUUUCCUCAUAGGCAAAGACUCACCCAUCAAGUACCUUGUGCUACAAGUACAUUACAUGCACCGUUUUCCAGAGGAUAAAGUCGACAACUCGGGUGUUUUCCUGAAGUACACUAAAGAACGCAUGCUGCGCCAAGCCGGCGUGAUCCUGCUGGGCACAGGCGGCACCAUCCCGCCGAACCGCGUCGAGCAGAUGGAAACUGCCUGCACCAUCACUGAGGAUAAAGUUAUACAUCCUUUCGCCUACCGUACUCAUACUCACGCCUUGGGUAAACUGGUAACAGGCUACGUGGUCCGUCAAGACGACAACGGGGACGUUUGGACCCUCCUCGGCAAGAAGGACCCGCAGCUGCCGCAGAUGUUCUACCCCGUGGUGAGCAGCCGCGCCAUACAGAGGCAUGACGUGUUGGCCGCCAGGUGCACUAUGAACAACACGCAUGAUUAUCCUGUUAGGAUUGGAGCAACAAACAAAGACGAGAUGUGCAACUUCUACCUAAUGUACUGGGUUGAGAACGACACUCCCCUAGAACGAAAGUAUUGCUUCACCAGUGGCCCGCCCUACUACUACUGGGACCGAGCUCGCGAGGGACUCAACAACAUUCCUCCCGCUUUUGUCUAAAUGUACGACAGACAUUGACGGCUAACGAACGAAUAACAAAACAUGUGACAAAGAAAAACGGCAACGGACCACGCAUGUAAAUAUUAACGUCACUUUUUUUUCGUAUUUUUUUUUAAGAAGCUUGUUUUUUUAAAGUGGAAGAAAAAAUACGCAUUGGUAAAGGACCACGAUUUCAGACGUUCAUUAUUUUUUUCUUUUUUGACA